CGACUACUUGCACAUUACGUGCCGCCGAACGAUCCGGAUCAACGAAAGCCGGGGUCUUCCUUGACAGCGCUUCCUUUCUCUCAAGUGACUGACUACAUUGACUGCGACGACGCCGACUGCGGUCGAGCGACCAUACGCCGGCUCGAAGACGGGUGGUGAUGGAUCCGGAGAUAGGCCAGCGCGGGGCGGACACGGACGCGGACGAGUUCGGGAGCGAAGACGGCGAGUGUGUCCUCCUGUCGGAUGCAGUGGUGCAGGCCCUUGAAAGUGCGGAGCGGGAUGCGUUUGGGCGCGAGAGCCCCGUCAGCGCCGCCUCCGACGCGUACGACGAGAUGUUCACGGACGGCUUUUCAGACGAGUGGAUGCACGCGUGGGCACGCCUUGAAGCGCCCUGCGGCACAUCCGCAUGUACGCCGACCUUGGAUCCGGAGCCGCCAUCUUCUCUCCCACCCAGUAGCAGUAUUGCACCUUCCCGCGAAUCUGAGCCUCCUCCAUCGUGCGAUUCCGGCCCCACGGAGUUCAACGACAUGUUUUUGGAUAAUUAUACGGAUCAGUGGCUGCGUGCCUGCUCCGUCCUUGCUACUCGGUGUGUCCCGGGCGCACGAGUCCUGUCUGGCUGGGACUACUGGAUGGUCCAGUUGCAAAGUGUAUCGGAGGUUGUUCAGCCGAGGUGGGUAAGCGCCAAGAGGCAGACUACGGAUGUCGGUGUGCUCUGCCGGCUUGUAAUAGGCCUCUUUUGCCAAGUGCGGCGUGCGAUGAUUUGUUCAUUGCAUAUCCAGCGCUCGGGCCUCUGUGGCUGUCGAUGCAAUUUUUUGAACCUUCUUAUGUACUGCUAUUCGGAGUGGCAUGCCUUUCGCUCUUCGCUGGGCUCGCAAACGAGUCAGUCCACUUCCAUCCUUCUUAUCGAUGUUGCUUUUGCCAUGUCCCACGUUCAGAUGUUGUCGUUGUCCUCGUUGUCUUCUAGCUCAGAUUCAUAAAUCGCUACUGAUGUGUCAUCUCAUUCUUCACCGUAUUUAUGAUCAUGUGUCUGUAUGCACAGCGGGAUGGAUCCCACACAGUACAUCUCGAUGUCUCAUGAACCUAAAAGCUG